UUAGUUGUGUUUCAACUCUGAGUCAGACCGUUGCCUUGUUCGACUACAGUUUUUGCAUUUUGGCCGGCUCGACAACAUUUGCAGCUUCACUUUAUCAUAGUGGACACUCAUCACGGUUCAUAAACCGACGAUACAAUAUAUACAUACUUUCAUUACACGCUGACAUACCUCACCUGUGGUUAGCCUGGCCUAGCCCGAUUUGCCAUCCCAUGCUGGCUGUAUUUGUUAUCAGUUCUGCAGUGGUGAUAACAAAGUAUUAGGCAAAAGUUGAACCUCUGGCCAACCAACGACUGCUAAAAGUGCUAUGUAUCUCCGAGUUUGAGCUCAUUGUCAUCCUCAAUUUGCAUUCUUAUAACAUUCUCAAUUUUGCAAAUUGGGUGUUUAGUCACAGGAAAGCAAAUAUACUGAGAGGAUAAACCCAUCCCAGUGCACACUGCACACAUCCCGGUGUUAAUGGUUAUAACUUUACAGAGUCAACAUUUUAUGAAAUUCAUACAUUUAUAAUCCAAUUGUGUUUAGUGAAUAGGAUAGGAGUGUACCAACUAACAUGUGUAAGCUAAUCAUCGUGUAAACCAAAAUUUCCUCAGUCUAUGGAAAUUUAACAAAUUGAGUAUAAACCACAGUUUGCAGCAUAAACUUAUUACAAUUGUGUGGAUAAAACUCGCUAUUUGGCCAGAAAAGUGAAAAGUCAUUGUGUUUAACUAUGGCCCUUCAUGAUAAUGUCGGAGUUGGAGAUUUUGUCCUUUUGGACAGAAUUACCAAGGAUAGUUUCAUUGAUAACUUGGAAAAAAGGUUCAAAGCAGGCAGAAUCUACACGUAUAUUGGAGAAGUAUGCGUGUCAGUUAACCCGUACAGGCAAAUGCCAAUCUAUGGGCAAGACAAAGUCAAUGAAUACAAGGGGCGAGAGUUGUUUGAACGCGCCCCUCACAUUUUUGCCAUUGCAGAUAGUGCCUACAGAUCCAUGCGAACACAAGGAAAAGAUACUUGUAUAAUGAUCAGUGGAGAGUCCGGGGCUGGAAAGACUGAAGCAUCCAAAAUAAUCAUGAGAUAUAUUGCUGCAGUGACCAACGUAAACGGUCAUCAAGAAGUUGAACGAGUCAAGAACGUCUUAAUUCAGUCAAAUUGCGUAUUGGAAGCGUUCGGAAAUGCAGCAACGUGUCGAAACAACAAUAGUUCAAGAUUCGGCAAGUACAUGGAUAUUCAAUUUGACUGGAAGGGUGACCCCAUUGGAGGACAGAUUGAAAAUUAUCUACUUGAAAAAUCUCGGGUGGUCCAACAGCAGAAAAAUGAACGGAAUUUUCAUGCCUUCUAUCAGCUAAUCUCUGAUGAUGGUCAACUGCGACAAAGGGAUUUGCAAAAAUCUCCAGGGGCAUAUUUUUAUACCAAUCAAGGGGGUGUGUCAAAAGCAGAUGGGAUAAAUGACAAAAAUGAUUACAACACUGUCAACUCUGCGCUUAAAUUACUUGGACUGCAUGAUGCCGAAAUCAACACUGCUUGGGACUUGGUGGCUGGCAUCUUACAUUUGGGAAACGUAACACUUUCCGCGGAUGGAGAGGGGGCAAAGAUUGCCCACAGUUCUCGAAGUUCCGUUGAAGCAGUUGCUAAACUCUUGCAAAUUAAAAGUUCCGAAAUCACUAAGGCGUUGUGCGAGAGAGCCAUUGCGGCUGGAGGCAACGUGGUACAGAAAACUUUGACAUCUGGCCAAGCCAUGUAUGCGAAAGAUGCACUAGCAAAAGCCGUGUAUGAGCGACUGUUUAACUGGCUUGUACAAAGAAUCAACGAGGCUAUUAAACCUGGCGAUAUGAAUGGCUACAAGGGAACUGUGAUCGGAGUUUUGGACAUUUACGGGUUUGAAAUCUUGGAUACCAAUUCCUUCGAGCAAUGUUGUAUAAACUAUUGUAAUGAGAAACUUCAACAACUUUUUAUCGAACUCGUCCUCAAACAAGAACAAGAAGAGUACCGUAAAGAAGGAAUACAGUGGACGCAUAUUGACUAUUUUAACAACCAAGUAAUUUGUGAGCUCAUCGAAUUGCCUCACAAAGGAAUAAUUGCCAUUAUGGACGAGGCUUGUUUAUCUGUCGGAAAUGUAACCGACAAGACGCUGUUAGAACACAUGGAUAAAAGUUUGAAAGGUCAUCCUCACUACACUAGUCGACAAUUGUUGCCAUCAGAUAAGACUUUGGUUCAUGCUCAAGACUUUAGAAUAAAGCAUUAUGCUGGAGAUGUUACCUAUUCGAUUGAAAAUUUUAUGGAGAAGAACAAAGAUACACUUUUCCAAGACUUGAAGAGACUCAUGUUCAAUUCAAAGAAUCCGAUAAUUUCCGGAAUGUUUCCAGAUGGUGCACAAGACAUUACGAAAACCACAAAGAGACCGGUGACGGCUGGAACGGUUUUCAAAAACAGCAUGAUUGCCCUAGUAAAAAUUCUUGAAUCAAAGGAACCUUAUUAUGUGCGCACCUUGAAGCCAAACGAUAUGAAAUCCCCGACGUUGUUUGAUAAACAAAGAGUUGAACAUCAAGUGGCUUACCUGGCUCUCAUGGAAAAUGUUCGUGUAAGACGAGCUGGAUUCGCUCACAGAACACCAUACGAAAGAUUCGUUCAAAGGUACAAAAUGUUAUCACGAAGAACCUGGCCAAAUCCGAAAACCAGGAAUAUGCAAGAGGCCACCAACGCCAUUCUUCAGGACCGAGGUCUAAUCAACGAUGUUGCAUUUGGAAAGACAAAAGUCUUUAUUCGAAGUCCACAGACGCUUUUCGAAUUAGAAAAUAACCGCCAAGCCAUGAUCCCAGGAAUUGUGACCUUCCUGCAAAAGAUCUGGAGGGGAUAUCUUGCUCGCGAAUAUUACAAACGACUUCGUGCCGUGUACAGAAUUAUGGGCGUCUACCGGAAAUAUAAAUUGAGAACGUGGGUAACUGCUACGCAGCGAAGCCUUGGUUUUCCUGUGUCAUCGCAAACGGGGAUAAACAAAGGAAGGAUUCCAGUCCCAGCAUUUGGACUGAAUGCAAAUUGGCCAUCUGCACCAGGACCUUUAAAGUCGUUGGUUGGACUCAUAAUUGCCGCAUACGGUCGAUGGUGGGCAUAUGGAAUCCUGCGUAGAGUUCCAGAACACGAUUGGCCGCAGUUGCGCCUCAAGAUUUAUUGUUCAACCGAACUAAUUAAACGACGACGGGCGAACUGGGGACUUUCACGAGAUUGGAAAGGAGAUUAUCUACUUUUAGAAGGACUUAACCAGGCCCGAGAUUAUCAGCAAAGUUUUCAAAAGUUGCAGAAAAAAGAUCAUUUUCAACAAGUUUUAUUCAGCUCCAGAAUUCUGAAAGCUACUCCAGGUUCUGGUGGGAAAUGCGCCGAGAGGUCCAUCAUGAUUACGGACACUGCAAUUUACAAAUUGGACGGCCCGAAGGGUUCGUUCAAAGGCAUGAAGUCAGGAAUACCCCUUAAUCAAGUUACUGCGAUAACGAUAACCCCCGGGCCAGAUCAACUAACCAUCCUUCAUCUAAGUAGUGGAAGGGACAUGGUGGUCGCACUCCAUUGUGGGUCCAUCCAAGGAGUGAGUUCUUGGGUAGUCGGCACACCCGACGGAGGCCCACCCCCUGAUUUGACUGGAGAAUUCGUCACAAUGGUGGCAACACAAUGCUUAAGAAGGAACAAUAAAUCAGUUCCAGUAAAUGUAACAUCAAAUGUGGAAUGCAAGCUUGGCAAGAAAUCAAAUAGUAUUCGCGUGCAAACAAGUGACCAAGCCGUCCCAACGUUUGCCAAAGACGGUCCAAAUCGAUUAAUGUUAACUUGGCCAACGGUACCCGAACAACAAGUUAAUCGAAACAGUUCUCGUCCUCCUUUGUCCAAUAUCAACAAUCGCAAUGUUACAAGCAGUAACGGGAAUGGGAAUUACAAUAAUGGAGCUCAGUCUCGCAUAAACAAUGGAUACAACAAUAACAAUGCUGAGAAUGGAAAUGGUAUUGCAAAGCCAAAAACACCAGCCGCACCUCCACCCCCCAUCCCGCAACGAAUUCAAAGCAAUUAUUAAGCAUUGGCAUACGAAAUGUCACAAUGUUAUUGAAAAUUCUCUUUAAUAAUUUGCUACCAAUGCAAAUAAUGUAUUACCAAUACUAUAACAUAUUUACAUACGUUAUACACAAUGAUAUUUAAACACUGAAUCGUGAUGAAGCAAUGACUAAAGAAUAUUAAUAGGAAUGUUGUAAAUUCUUUCGAUUUCUGUUUAUAUCUUGUAUUUAUUCAAUUGAAAAAAAUAUUACCGGUGCCAUUUCUGUUUUGUUUGUGAUUUGUGUAGACAAGGUUUCUCGUGGCUUCUUAUCUGUCAUAGUCUAUCAAACGUAGGUGUAAAUAUGUAUGCUUCAUAAUCUAUAAGACUAAACGCUAUACAACGAACAAAUAUAAAAAUAAAUGAUGUGUAUUAUUGUCGUAUUUGAUAAGUAUUGUCAAGAA